AUUGGAUGAUGCUUGUGUUGGUGUGCUUUCCCUUCAGUCUCAGUGUCAUCAUUCUGCUGUUGAUCGGUUUCCACUCCAUGAGGCAUUUCUCAAGUCCCCUUUUUAGGAUGAUAACUACACGUUCCCUAUGUUGGUUGUCUUCUCUGCCGGAAUAGAUCAGUGUUUCUCCAGUUGCUGUUCUCAGUCUGCCGGAUCCUGUCCAGUGGCUUUCACUUAUGCCCAGAAUGUGCAAUCCAUAUCUCCUCAUCUCUGCCGUUACUUGUGCCGACUUACCAGUUUCAUACGUUGUCCUUACAUUCCUGUCCAAUGAUAACUUUUGUCUUUGCGGUGUUCAGGUCCUCCAUCUUCCUGCAAACAGCUUCCUUGCGGCUUUCACUGCCCGCUUUCAUACGAGUCCCAAGGGACUCUGAAGGUCCAUCACACACAGAAAUAUGGUUUCUCUUUGUUGCUGUUUCCGUAACAUAUGCUUUUUACCAGUCUGGGUUAUUAGCCCUGAGCUGAACCUCCGAAACCUGGAGGGCCGGUAGAUCACGCUUCAUCUGACCUCUACCCGUCGACCUGUCUGGCAUGGGUGGCCCUACCAGGAGCAUUAGCUCCAGCCAGCGUAGCUCUUGGGGUCACUGAGGCACACAAGCUCUCUAACCACAACAAGCACAAAACUACGGGUAGCCAAGCCUCAUCUGAUUGUACUCAACGUUAACUUCCAUCAGAGAUGAACAUUCAGUAGAGUCCUCCUUUGAAUACGUCAUCUUUCCACAAGCAUUGUCAUUAUGUCAGAGUCUUCUGAUUCAGAGACUGGUCCAGAGACUCUGUUGGAUAAUUAUGCUAACAAGUGCCCCAACCCGGACCAGACCCAAACACUACCUCAAGCAUCUAAUGAUGAAAAUAUCUCUACCACAAACAACUCUGUUCAUCAACUGCAUGACAAUGAGUCAGUUUCAGAUGCACCUGCAGAAACAUCAACAGAUUUUGUGGAGAAGAGUAGAAGUGAUUUAUCUGUGAACAAGGACCAUGUUUACCGAAAUGAAAGUAUUCAUCUUGCAGCAAACGAAUCUUCACAGUCAGCACAAUUCAUGUCAGUAGAUGUUGAAACCUCUUUACCUGUAGCCCAUGUUCAAAUAACUGAUGGCAUUGAAAGAAAUGUGGAGAUUGAGUCGACAACCCAAGGCCUAGAAAUGUCUUCAUUUGAUGACGUAAGCCUAAGAACAAGUCGUCAGAAUGACAAAAAUUAUGUGCCUAACAGCAUAAAAGACGCAAAUGACAAGAAUAUGGAUGUUGAAUCAUCAGAAAGUGAAAAUGUUGUAAUUGUUGAAGAUCAGGAGGUGACACCUGUUGAAAGCUCUCUCUCUCAGCAGAAUCAGGAAUAUGCUUUACCCAUCACCCUGAAAACAGAGAACGGAAUAGAAUCAUUUGAGAAAAGUACUAUUCUCAAUGACAAAGAACAUGUUAUUGAAUCUAAUGGCAAUGAUGAGUUUUCUCCUGUACAAGUGAAGCAAGAGCCAUUGAAAAUGAUGGAGUAUGAAAAAGCAGCAAUCAGUAUGUACAGAAAUCAAGGUCCAUUAGUUAUUUACAGUGAUACUGAUGACAAUUCUGGCAACGAUAAUAAUGUUGUUCCAAACGAAGUGCCAGAACAGUUACAUUAUGACGGAGGCAGUGAAAAUGAGGUUGUCAGCGAUGAUGAAGACAAGUACCUGCAAAAGCAAAGAGCGUUGCAGAUUCUAAUGAUUAAAAAGAGAAGUAGAACAGAAGGAGAAAUUUUUCCAGAGGAAUUGCCACCUCUUGAGUAUCUCACUCUCUCUCCUGAUGAAACGGUUAAGUUGCAACCACUUGGAGUUGUCUCUGGCAUUGUCGAGGUUUUAGUCAUUGUGAAAGCUGACCUCAAUACCCCGGCGCUGUACGAUGACACAGUUUUGUUUUCUGAAACAAGAGCACCUCUUGGCCUGGUUUUUGAAGUUUUCGGAACAGUGGAACAGCCAUUCUACUCUGUGAGGUUUAACAGCAAAGAGGAUAUCAAGGAAAAAGACAUAAAAGUUGGCGACCCCAUUAUGUUUGCCCCGUCUGCUGAUAAUCUGACUAAAUUCAUUUUCAUUAAGGAACUCAGGAGUAGGAAGUAUGAUGAUGCAUCUUGGGAAAAUGAUAAUGAACCACCCGCUGAACGUCGAGAUUUUUCUGAUGAUGAAGAAGAAAAGCGGGCAAAAGCAAAAGGAAGAAGAGGAGGCAAGAAAGGACUGUUGGAUGAGAGCACUGGCCUGUGGAGGCUGAAAAGGAGAAGGAUGCCAGAGCACAGAGCAAAUGCAAAUAAUGGAGCUCCAUUCUUACUAAAGGGAGAUUUGCGCAAGAAUCCCUUUGGAGACAGGUCGAGGCCGUUCAACUUUUCUGGAUCUCAGUGGCCACCCUCAGGUCAUCGGCUCAAAGCUCCACAGAUGCCACCACCACAGAGGUUUUCGUCGUCACCCUUUCCUCCAAGACCUGCAUUUGGGGAGCGGCCAAAGUGGGAGCACCAGCAGUUUAGGUCUCAAGGAUUCGAUUUUAUGAACAGAUUUGGUGGGCCACCAAUGGCACCGCACUGUCCUCCUGAUAUGAGAGGACAAAUGUUCAGAGGACCUCCGCCUUUCUCAUUUCCAUCUCCUGGACCAGGACAAUGUCCUCCUCCUCCCCCUUCUCUUCCUCCUCCUUUUCCUCCUCCUCUUCCUCCGCCUCCUCACAUGCCUGGGCCACCAAACAUCAGUGGCAUGGGUUACAUAAAUGGUGCUGACAAUAGACUCCCAUUCAAUCCAUCUGUGCCUCCUCCAAGUUUCAGGUCUGUGUUCAGUUCCCCUCCUCCUCCUACUCCGUCUCAUUCCCAAUAAAUGUUUUUAUUUGCAGAUAACUUUUCUAUUGCAUUUCCUUAAUCUGAUAGAUAGCACUGUUGAACGGGGGUUGGGGGGGGAGGGGGGAUUUGCUGCAAUAUAUUACAAAAAGUCUUUUUUUUCUCCUUUGACUUUUAAACUGUUUAAUUAUUGAAAGAUGAUGCAACAUUUGAAGCUUCCUGAAGGAUGGAUGUUUACAAAAGUGAUGAAAAUAUGCUUUAUUGGAGGCUUCUUUCUCUUUCCUUCAAUGAGGAAGUCUCUAUGAAAGUAAUGCAAAAGCACAACUGCCACCUUAAACUACAAGAGAGAUAAUCAUUCAUGUACUCCAGUACGGCUCCUGUGGGGUUUUUGUAUGGUGCAUGGCAAGUUAACAAGAGACCAAAGCUUGUUUCUUUGAUGAAUGUGUGUUGAAUAAAGCAGUGCAGUGAAACUGACUUGUAAAUAAUAACAAUAAUGAUAAUAAUUAUAAUGAAGAUCAUUUCUUUUGCGCCCACUCUCGUGAUACUGACAGCUCUAAGGUGCUUUACAUAAAUCCAAGUUCAAAACAAUAGGCCUGACUGAAAAAAAUUAUAAAAUAUUUGCUCAUAUUAAUAUCAUAUUCAUAUUAUAAACAAAGAAAUCACUCGCUCUCUCACACAUACACACACACACACACACACACAGAAGUGGUCGGGCUCAAUCUUUAAAUUUGUUGAAUCAUAAUGUUUGUUAUUUAAGAAAAGUGUGACUGACGUGAGCGCUAGCACAAGAUUCACUUGGGGGGGGGGUGUUCGUAUGAACCACACCAGAACUUCAACAUCUGCAUGAUGUUUGUUGUCGCUUGAGUUUAUAUGUUUCUUGGUCCAUGGAUGCUUUUAUCUUGUCUUUCAGCUUGGUGCACUGCCAUCUUUAUCAGAAAAUCUGCUGCAUACAGUGGACUGCAGAAAUAUGCGCUGUGUAAAAGUACACUUCGAUCAAAUACAUGUCUGAGUUAUAUUAUAAGACGGAUUGUUUUCUGCACUUCGUGUAAUGCACUGCACUGUCAACUGUUGGGCUAGUUUUGAUUUGACCUUCCAGAUGUUUGGUUCCUCUGACAUCCCUGCAGAUCAUAACGUAGAUCUACACCCAUUACUGUUCAGUAGCAGCAGGACACAAAAUUUAUGACAACACUUCUGCUUACAAUCCACACCCGCAUGUUUAAACCAAACCUACACACAGCCACCUCAACUACAAAUACAUAGUGCCGGUAUGUAGCUGACCGCCCAUCCUACUUCUCCCAAACCCAGAACAUGGCCAGACAUGUUUUUACACACGUGUCCUCAGCACAUGUUUCUGGUUGGUCGCAUAAGGUGGCCCUGUGUCUCUGAUGUCAGUCAUGGUUUGCAGUGUGUAAUACAUAAGUGUGUUAUGAUCGACGGUGCAGGUUGACCAACGGAAGAGAGUCAACAAGGUUAGUUGCUGGAGAAAAAUGCUGGAAGUCGCAUCAGUAUGGGCUGUUUGUUCUGCAAGCAACUUUGUUGAGUCCAAGUUUGCUUAAGUCUUAAGUGUUGAAUGAAUAAGUGGUAUUUUAAAUUAAAUGAAUUUUUUAAAAUUUGGGAAUCCUCCUUUCAUUAAUUAAGUAAAAAUUUUCCUUAAGUCAUAGUUCAGUGCAUUCGAGUUCCACUGUACUCAUGUGAUUUGUCGGUUGUCUUCUGCUGUCACUCUUUGAAGAAAUGUUUUAUUUCCCUUUCAGUGGUUACAGUAGUUUAGAUGUUGAUCAUCAUUCUUCCAGGAGUGAGGCCAUAGAAUUCCUUCCUUCAAAAGAGGGGAAGGAAGGGUCUAAAGAAUUGAUUUUAGAUUAGAACAAAUUUUACUAGUACGAGCAUACAUUGUGAUUUUAUAACAGCCCAUAUCAUGAGAUUGCAAGUUCAGGUGGUUUGAGCCUCAGCUUGGUCCUCCAUUGUUGUGUCCUUGGGAAAGGCACUUUACUUUCGGUCCUUUCAGAGAUGGACAUUAAAUCCAGAGGUCCUGCCUCUUAGAUAACCUAAUAGUUCUGAUAGAGGGUGUUAAACCUAUAUUAUUUCAUCAUUUUUUUUCUUUGUGGGGGGACAAAAAGUAGCUUUUUUAUUACACAACACAUGGAAAAGAAGAUGAAUAUUUUUACAUUUGUUUAAGAGAGCUUUCAGUAUCGGUUUAUGGGUGUAGCCUUGUGACUCGAAUACUGGAGAGCUAGAAGGAAGAGAAUGAGAAAGUUAUAUGAAAAUGAAAGGUUUCUAACCCUAGUAGGCUACAUGUUAAACCUAUAUUAUUUCACCAUUUUUUUUCUUUGUGUGUGUGGGGGGGGGGGGGGGUAUGUAUUUGUUAACCAGAGGCUGAAGUGGGAGGACAGUUGUAACAAAAAGUAGCUUUUUUAUUACACAUGACAACACAUGGAAAAGAAGAUGAAUAUUUUUACAUUUGUUUAAGAGAGCUUUCAGUAUCGGUUUAUGGGUGUAGCCUUGUGACUCGAAUACUGGAAAUUGGAAAGCCAGAAGGAAGAGAAUGAAAGUUAUAUGAAAAUGAAAGGUUUCUACCCCUAGUACAUGUUUAGAAAGUUGCUUUGAUUUAUCUUGCUUUGCAAAACUACAUGUUGGCCUAUUAUUUUUAUAUUUCUAGCGUUUGGGUCAUCAGUUGUAUUGUUUCAUCAUGUACAGUAAUGAAGGAAGUAGAAAGCUAUGAAAGGACAACUGAUGUAUUGAAAUGUAAAUAAAAAAUUUAUGCAAUAACCUUUUA